AUGGCCACACCAAACACCGCCGUCACCACCACCACCACACCCACCGUCGCAUUCACCACUCCGCCAAUCUACGCCGCCCGCCUCCGCCACCUCCUCACCCUCAACAACUUCACUCCCCUCUCCUCUCCCACACUCACCGUCCGCCACACCCCCUCCACCGUCUCCGCCCUCAAACCCCACCUAUCGCCUCCUUCCCUAAACCUCUUCUCCGCCGUCGCCUUCCCUUCCCGCACCGCCAUCGCCGCCUUCUCCGCCGCCGCAGACGACGUCGCUCAUCCUCUCCUCUCUCCAAACGGCGCCGUCUUCACCGUCGCGGCGCUCGGCAAGGACGCCGAGCUCAUCGACGACGGCUUCGUCCGCAAGCUCAGUCGAGAUCGUCGCCGUGUCAGAAUUCUGGUACCUCCGACCGCCACGCCGAGCUCGUUGGUUCACGCGCUCGGCGACGGCGGAGGCAGGAGGGUGCUGUGUCCGGUACCGGUGGUGUUUGGACUGACCGAGCCUCCGGUGGUGCCGGAUUUUCUCCGGGAGCUCGGUAAAAGCGGUUGGGCUCCGGUUCGGGUCAAUGCGUACGAGACGAGGUGGGCCGGGCCGGAGUGUGCGGCCCAAGUGGUGGAGAGAAUCAAGGAGGGGGCUUUGGAUGCGAUCGUGUUUACUAGCACUGCGGAGGUGGAGGGGUUACUGAAGAGCUUGAAGGAGUUUGGGCUGGGCUGGGAGAGUGUCAAGAAAUUGUGCCCGAAACUGCUCGUUGCGGCCCACGGGCCCGUUACUGCCUCUGGAGCCCGAAACCUUGGUGUCGGAGUAGAUUUGGUGAGUUCCAAGUUCGACAGUUUUCAAGGUGUUGUUGAUUCUUUGCGUUCUGAGAUUUUGAAAGCUUAG